UUUACGUGGCAAGAGACAGACACGCACAGUCACAGAGACAUAGACUUAGAGAUAGAGAAAAACACGUAGACACGAACCCAGGGACACAUACAAAAACACAUACACAGAGACUGACACUUUUAGAGAUACCGAGACACAGAUAAAUAUAGACACCGACCAACUUAACAAAUCACAGAGAUACUUAGAGAUAGACACUCAUAGACACAGAGGCACAGCAGACUGAAAGAUACAGACAUACACAGAAACACUCACUUAGACACACGCAUAAACAGAAACACAAAAAACAGACACGUACAUAUACACAGAAAUGUAGUGACUAACAUACAUACACACAGAAACAAACAUAGAAACAAACACCCCAGAGAACACUACUUAGACAUACAGAGAUACACAUAGAGACGUACAGGAGUGCACACUUAUAGGAACAAAUAAACACACUUAGAUACACACACAAACGCACAGAGACGUAUCACCAUGUCAUCUCCAUAUCCACCAAGGCCUCUGCCGUUCAUCAUGACCGACGAGUACUCAAAGUUCUACGUCAACAAGGAAACAGCUGAUCUUCUGGGUAAAAUAGACAAACCGGUGGUGGUGGUGGCAAUAGUUGGAAAAUACAGAACUGGAAAAUCCUUCCUCAUGAAUCGACUGGCCAGCACAACGACAGGAGUUGUAACACCAAAAGAAGACAAAACGACCAAGGUGGUGACUAAGAGCGAGCCGGGCGAUCAAGUCAAUAAAGACGAAGAUGCGUACAAGAAAACAAGCGACAUAAUGAGGGACUGGAAAAAUAAAGAGCAAGAGAACUCACUUUCGCAGAAAACCACAACACCAGUUUCACCGAAGGUUCCUUCCAAAAUGCAACGUCCCAAGAGCAUGGCCAGCACAAAACUGUGUGAUGAAGAAAAAAUGCGGGGCGACUCACCCACGCCAGUGCCCGUGCCCAGAGUUCGACGUAGCAUUGUCCGCAAACCGCAAAGUUCAGAUAGCAUGGGCGACUCACCCACGCCAGUGCCCGUGCCCAGAGUUCGACGUAGCAUUGUCCGCAAACCGCAAAGUUCAGAUAGCAUGGGCGACUCACCCACGCCAGUGCCCGUGCCCAGAGUUCGACGUAGCAUUGCCCACAAACCGCAAAGUUCAGAAAGCAUGGGCGACUCACCCACGCCAGUACCAAUGCCCAGAGUUGUACCUAGCAUUGCCCCCAAACCACAACGUUCCGAAAGCAUAUCCUGUCCAGGGUACAACCGCAACCCAGGAGUGUCCUUGUCUGGAGGUGGCUUCGCUGUAGGGCACGCAGUGCAAUCGAAGACCAAGGGCAUCUGGGCCUGGCCAAUUCCUCACCCGGCGAACAAGGAUAAUUGUCUUCUACUGUUGGACACGGAGGGGCUGGGAGACCCGGAGAAGGCCGAUGAGGAACACGACAUCUGGCUGUUCAUCAUGGCCGUGCUGCUGUGUAAUGUGCUGGUCUACAACACGGAAAAGAGUCUGGAUAACACGGGCCUGGAGCAGCUGCGCUACGUGAAGAACAUGUCAGAGCACGUGCGAUCCCAGAUUUCUCCUGAAGACGAAAAACCAAGUGUCAUGGAAAGCCACUUGCCGUCCCUGGUUGUGUGUGUGCGGGACUGCGCGCUGAAGCUGGAAUGGGACGGCAAGUCAUGCACUCCCGACGAGUACAUGGAGAAGUGCUUCCAGGUCCGCAGGAGCAAUUCCCCCGAAAAUGAAGAAUUCAACAGGGAACGCGACCUCAUGUGCGCAUAUUUUAAAAAGCGGAAGUGCUUCAUAUUCCCCAUGCCCGCACACCCGGACGACAUGGACCAGCUGGAGAAUAAACUCAGCAAGACGUUUCUGAAAGUGGCGGAGGAGUUCACCUCUCACAUCUACCAGAUCAUAAAGUACAAGAACAUCGAUGGGGUCAUCCUCACUGGCCAACUCUUCCUGCAGGUUGCAGAGCUUUAUGUGCAGGCUCAUCGUUCGGGCGACAUGGUCUGCAUCGAGGGUGCACGGCAAUAUGUGGUGCUGUUUGCCAACAUGCAGGCAAUGGAGGACGCCAAGGGGGUAUACCAGAGAGAGAUGGAGACGUUGACGAACAAGCUUCCUGUGGAGUACAAACAACUGCAACGACAUCAAGAGGAGUGCACAAAGAAAGCGAUGGCUCUCUUCUACCGUUGCUCUGUGCUCGACUGCAUUCACGAGUUUGAGACGGAGCUCUUGCGUUUCACGCUGGAAACAUUUGAGAAAAUGGAGAAAAAGAACACGGAGCAAUCAUACAAGUUGUCCGAACGGCGACUUCGUGAACUAUUUCAACACGUGAAUGAGAUGGACAAGGAAUUCAUGCAGCCUGGGGGCUAUCAGAGAUACAAAGCAGCAAUGCAGAAACUGGACGAAGAGUAUCAUGCUACACAGGGACUCGGGGAAGAGAAAGACAAAGCCUACAAAGAUUUCAUGGAAAAAAGUAAGGAUCGUGGACAAAGUAUCCUGAUGGUGGACAAGACCCUGACCCAAGUUCAACAAGAAUAACUGAGUCAUGACGGAGUUGUUUGACGAGAAGCUGAAGGCGAUCGAGAAUCACACAGACGAGAACAUAGCCAACAUAAAGUGUAACUUCGUGAAGAAAAUGAUGGAGUUUUUUCAGCAAAAGUGAAAGUGUGUGAUCUGUUAAUACCAUAUUAUCAAAAUUUAAAGACAUUGUGAAUUUAGGGUAUACUUUGUCAAGUGUCUUAUAACGUGGAGGAUAUAGCAGAGCUUAAUCAAAUGUGAAUACGGGUACGGGCUUGCUUUGGAAUUUCACAUUCAUGGUUGCAAAAUCCUCAAACCGUUACACUGCAUUGUAAGCGUGUAAUAAAGAAAAGGGGAGCAGACUCACUCAUCCUACAAGAGAGCUUUUAGGAUGAGGGGGUCUUGGAGAAACAUCUUCCAGAUGAUGAUUAUGAAUGUGCUGCUUUGAAAUGUGGACAGAUUCCGUCUGGAACAUGUAUUAUGUCUUAAUGGCCAGUGAUGGUGUUUUCUGUCCUUUGGCUGCUAAUGCAUUGCUAUGGAGGACCAUCUCCUGGAAUAUUUUUCUGAACAACUACAUUAAACAUAUUCUUUGGUUCUUUCGGUAAAGUCACGUCGGUAGAAAAAUAAAAUAAUAUACCAUUAAAACAUAUCUUCCUGAAGAUACUGUAUUGUUUGUAUUAAUUAAGACCCCCCAAUUUGUGUCUUAUAAAGCAGAGCACAUAAUUAGAGGAUUCCCUGAUAGCAUUUUUUAUGAUGCAAUAUUAAGGUUUUUUGGGGGGGGUUAGAUCGCGUAAAUAUCAAUGUGUCGUUAAAGCCGCCAGCACCACCCAACAAAGCCAAGUAGUAAGGUUUGUAAAGUAAACAAAACGUAGUUAAUCUGUCACUAGUUCAGCACUAACCGGUGUGUGUGUGUGUGUUGGAGUUUAAACCCACUACAACAUUUACAAUUCGAGUACCUGGUGACAUAUCGCUAGUAAUUACAACAACAACCAGCAGCAUCAUCAGGUAACAGCCCAGAGUUGUGGAGAAAUCCUCCUGCUGUUUUGAUCUUAAAUAGACGGGGGUAAAUGUAAUGUCGUCACUGUGUGCCUAUCAGGUGCAAAGAUCCGGGGGGUUUAAUGUGUUUAUAGAUACAGACAGUUCCCGGGUUGUGGAAGACCCGACUUAUGGAAGUCCGCGCUGGCAGAAAUGCUCCCAUAAAUCAUGUUGGGGAAAAAUCAAUGCGCUGCAAUGUUUGCGUUAGUUACGUAAGUGCAAGUAGUGCAGCGCGGUGAGGUUGCGGAUGAAUACCGCGGAGCGAGGCGUAGAGGCAGGGCUCCAGCUCCCUCUGCAGCUCUCUCUGCAGCCCUGCCUUUAAAACAACGUAUGUCUGAUGUUGACCCCGAUGAUUGUAAUGCCCGUCUCCUCUCCUUCCUCCUCUAGCAAUUAAGUCAUUCGUCAUUAACAACUAUUUCCAGCUAUGGGAUUUUAUCUUGACUUUGGGGGAAAAUUGGUCAGUUUCCGAUGUACGGAAAGUUCGGGUGACGGAUCGUUCUCGGGAACCUGACCCUUCCAUAACCCGGGGACUGUCUGUAUAUAGAUACGUCAGUUUCCAAUAUCUUUGUUAUUAUAAUUUACAAAUUUGUUAUAUCGUUUUUGUUCUUUGCUCUGCUUUCAGUAAGAAUAAAGGUGACUUAAAAAUG